AUGCGUGAUUUAAGCAGAAUACUUGAUGGAGGCGACGCAUGGGUUGAAUUAGCGGCUAAAAUGCCAGAUAUUACGGUACAAGAUGUUGACGGUUGCCGUCAGUUUUCUUCGACUCAUCGUGGAAGUCCGUCAGAGUAUCUAUUGAGGAUUUGGGCAAGCAAAGGCUAUUCAAUUUUGAGCCUCUAUAAUCUACUCGCAAUCACACGGAUGGUGCGUUGUAUGCGAACGAUGCGCCAUUUAAGUGAGUAG